AUGAAAUCAUCAAUAAUUUCGAUUUCAUUCAAUUUAUUCUCACUAGCAAUAUGUUCAAGUGGAUUAUAUGAUUGUUUUAAUCAACAAUUACCACCGUAUUUGGUACGAGGUGGUCAUUUCCAAUUUUUGACUAAUAUUUCAUUGAUUUUAACAAUAAUUUAUAUCAUAACGGUACUAUUAAACAUUCAAGAUACAAUUAUACUAUAUAAUAUAGUAAUAAAUCUAGAAUUCAUAGUAACAUCGGGGUAUUGGACAUUACAUUACAUCCUACCAAGUUUAUUAAAUACCAAAUCAUUACCAUCAACAUUCACAUUAGAUUUUAAAAUUCAUUUAUUCCCUUAUUUAUAUCUUUUACUAGUUAAAGAAAAAAGAAAUAAAUUAGGUUUAUUAUAUACUGGAUUAACUAUUGGGUUAUAUUGGUCAUACAUUGAAUUGAUUGUUGGCACAGAUCCUUCAGGUGUUAGUAAAUUUGCAUACCCGUUUUUGAAUAGAGGUGGAAUUGUUGCAAGAUGUUGUUUUAUGAUUGGAUUUUGGACUUUAAGUUGUUUAAAUUAUAUCUUGUUAGGUUAUAUAAAGAAAUAG